AUGACUGCAAAACUGAUUGACCGCAGAUUCCACAAUGUCCCAGGCAAGCUUCGGAUAUCCGAGCUUUUCUUUGAUGUCCCGGUGGAUUACAGCAAGCCCGCCGGGGACACCCUGAGACUCUUUGCGCGCAGCAUUGCCCGUAAAAACACACCCAUUGAGCCCGCUCAGGAAGACAGCAAAGCAGGAAAGCUUCCUUGGUUGGUUUAUUUGCAAGGUGGCCCUGGGUUUGGAUGCGGUACCCCGCAAUCUUACCCCUGGGUGGACUUUAUCCUCAGCAAAGGUUAUCAGGUGUUGUUCCUCGAUCAACGAGGCACUGGUCUUAGCUCGACCAUCACCGCUGGGACGCUGGCGCGCCAGGGUGAUGCUAUCAAGCAAGCAGAGUAUCUGAAAAACUUUCGCGCGGACAACAUUGUCCGGGAUUGUGAGGCAAUUCGUAAUAUCCUGACAAAAGACUACCCAGAAGAUCAGCGCAAGUGGAGUAUUCUUGGGCAGAGCUUUGGUGGCUUUUGUGCAGUGACGUAUCUCUCGAAGUUCCCAGAGGGUUUGAGAGAGGCUUUUCUCACUGGCGGUCUUCCUCCUCUAACCAAUGGACCGGAUCCUGUGUAUGCGAAGACCUAUGAAAAGGUAAAGCUGAGAAAUGAAGCUUACUACGAGAAGUACCCUGAGGACGUAGAGCGUGUCAAAAGGGUCAUGCUGUAUCUCCAGCAGAACAACAUCAAGCUUCCCUCUGGCAAGCUUACUCCAGCCCGCUUCCAGCAAUUAGGCAUUUUGUUUGGUUUCCACGGUGGCUUGGAUACUUUGCAUGACAUCGUUGUGAGGGUCUGUAACGAUUUAGAUAUCUUCGGUUUCCUCACCCUGCCUACUCUCUCUGCCAUUGAUGGCAACGGAGGCAUGGACAAAAAUGUCAUCUAUGCUAUCCUCCAUGAGUCAAUCUAUUGUCAAGGAAAAUCCUCGCUCUGGUCGGCAGACCGGCUGCGCUCCAGCGACCCACAGUUCACAAUUUCCGACUCGGUUCCUGCGAUUUACUUCACUGGCGAGAUGGUCUUCAAGGAUAUGUUUGAAUCCUACUCGGAACUCGAGGAGCUCAAAGAUGUGGCCCAAAUACUGGCUACCACUGACGAAUGGCCUGCGCUCUAUGAUGAGGCCCAGCUAGCCAGCAACACGGUUCCGGUGUAUGCUGCAACCUAUAUCGAGGAUAUGUAUGUCCACUUCGAUCUGGCUACUGCCACUGCUUCCAAGAUCAAGAACAGUAAGCAGUUCAUCACCAACACCAUCUACCAUGAUGGGCUGCGCAGCAAGUCUAGCGAAAUAAUGCGUCAACUCUUCAACCUUCGGGAGGACUCGGUUGACUAG